CCACACACACUAACACGGCAUCAUCGACAAUAACGUCGCUGACCCAUCUUUUCUCCUCAAUUAUCAUCAACAAAGCAUCGGAUUCUUAGAAGAAAAAUGGGCUUGCAGGAGGAGUUUGAGGAGUAUGCUGAGAAAGCAAAGACCCUUCCAGAGUCAACCACCAACGAAAACAAGCUUAUUCUCUACGGAUUGUACAAACAAGCUACUGUUGGACCAGUGAACACCAGCCGUCCCGGAAUAUUUAAUUUGAGGGACAGAGCAAAGUGGGAUGCAUGGAAGGCUGUUGAAGGAAAAUCCAAGGACGAAGCAAUGAACGACUAUAUCACCAAGGUGAAACAGUUGCUCGAAGAAGCAGCAGCAGCAGCAGCAGCUACCGCUUGAUGCCCUCAUGGGCAGUGCCUUUGGCUUCUUUCAGUUUAAGUUUAAAGUACUAUCAAUAAACUGAUGACGAUCUUGAACUGCUACUCAUUUAUAUUUAAAUUAUGUGCAAGAAUUGUGGUGAUUAGUUAUCCUUUUUUAUGAUUCUCAUUACCAUUCUGGUAGAAGUUAAUGCUAAAUGGUUCAAACUGUUUAGAGGGAUUUCUUGAGGUAAUGGGGAGCAGAUGAAACUUGUCAUGAAUAUUAUUAGCGGCUAGAUUUGCCUUUUUUUGAGCUUGAUUA